UUCCUACUUCAUUGUUUGAUAAGGAGGAUGAUGAUGUUCUGCUACAUCAUGCUGCAUUUCCCAUCACUCCGUGCGCGCCUCGUGUUAUCUUACGACCCUAUACGUCAUACGUUAGUACAAAGCGUCUACGAAUUCGAGAAAAGUGAUCCAUUGCAAGGAAUUUGUCCCUUGUAACAUUUUUAAAGAAAAAAAGCAACUUUAUAUUAUAUAUUGAAAUUUAUCCCUUAUUGCUUUGUCUGUAAGCAAAUCUUGAUUGUAUACAUAGUCUGGAAAAUGACCGAAAAUCUAUCGGUGAUAUGGGGGAGACCUAGUGUUAUUAAGUGGGCUGGCAAGGAUUUUGCUCCUGAUAUAAUUUCCAAGAAAGAAGACCUUGACUCCACCACAGUAGGAAGUGUACAGGCGUAUGAAAUCUCUCAACCAGUACAGAAAGGCAAAAAUUCCGACCAAUCAUUUAAACAGACCACCAAGAAUAGCGAAUCUUUGUUCCUUAAAUCUACGGAUGCAGAAAAAAAGUAUGGCUGUGAGAUAUGCAAGAAACGUUUCAAAUGGCGUUCCCAUUGGAAAUCUCACGAGAGAAUACAUACUGGAGAACGACCUUUUCAAUGUGAGAUUUGUGCGAAGCGCUUCACCAGAUCUGAUGGUUUACAGUGCCAUAAAAAGGUCCACAUUAAGAUCGGAAAACCACGCUCCUCUGAGACACAACCACAAGCAAGUUAUUUGCUCUCAAACAGUGUUAUUGAAGGCGUGGGUUGUUUAAAACAAGACAAAGUAUUCAUUUGUGCGUAUUGUGGAAGGACAUUUGGCAGUCUUCGUGGAUAUUGCAGACACACCGAUAAGAAACACAAAGAUAAAGAUGAUCUAAAAUGUCAUAUCUGCAACACUAUUUUCAACAGACCAAGUGCAUUGAAGAUCCACAAUCGCGUUCACACAGGAUUGAAACCAUAUCAUUGCAACAUUUGUUCCAAGUCGUUCUCUAUACGAGGAAACCUCAAACGACAUUUAUUUAUACACAGCGGAGAAAGACCUUAUAGCUGUAGAUAUUGUUCAAGUUGCUUUAAUACGUCUAGUCAUUUAACAAGACAUAUUAAAUCUAAACAUAAGAACUAUUUGAAUUGAGGAAUAACAACAGUAGGGAUCACUUGCUGGCUCAUAGAAUAUUAUAUAAUUAUUUAGUGUUGUUUGACACGCCAGAUAUAUGAAUUGGAGAGGCUGGAGAAAAGCUUUCUCUUCUACGUAUACAUGGAAAGAAAUUUGUCAGUGUGCAUAUAACUUGCAUGUGCAUGUAUGUAUAUUAUAGUAACAUGUUUUAUAUACGAUGCAACUUGCUUGCUUGUUCGCUUGCUAUUGCUUAAUCUAUACGGUGCUAUU